AAUCCGGUAGGCGGCCAAUUCCAGAAUGACAUUUGACGAUGAUGAUAGCACGUUUUUCGUGAUCUGCGCCUCAAGCGGUAAUCGGCAAAAACCUGUGGGCAAACGCUGUUCGUGGUUGAUGAGUGCGUGAGUGAAAAUUCGACCGGUGGUGUAGGCAUCUGGAUUUACCCCGUCUGUGAGCUUGAGGAGUUGCCGAGCUACUGGAACUGGUCGCGAAUGUGAAGCAUGUAGUGCGCUUGAGAUUAUUCUUGCUACAGUGCAAUGCUUGCUCUUGAUUGGUCUGUACCGAAGCUGGUUUGGCCAUUGCGAGAUCAAGGGCCAUAGAAACUUGAAAGCCGGACGAACUUUCAAGUCGAGUUAGUUGGGCCGGUACUUUGUGCACGAGGCUGCGGGUGCCGAAAAUGCAAGAGGAGCUGAAAGAGCGUGGAUGGUUCUUGAGCGCUGAAGGACUCGAAGAGUGCGUAGAAGGCUUGGAGAACCCCAAGGUGGAAGACGUGAUCAGGAAAGCAGUGAACUUUGAUUUAGCCGACAUUGGAGAAGGUGGCUUGCCGGAAGAUGUUUCGAGGAACAAAGUGGAUUCAAUCACAGGGCCCGUGGUUGUCCAGAUUCAAAAGAUACGGAACGUUUCGGCGCCAAAGAGUAACCCAGAAUCGGACCAUUCGCCUAGGUUAUUGCGACUUCACUUGUACGACGGAACUUCAUACUGCAGUGCCAUCCAAUGGGGACGAUGGAACAACAUAAGCCUUUCCACUCCCCCUGGCAGCAAGAUCCUCCUCAAGAGUGAAGCAAUACCUGUUGUGAACGGUUUCCUUCUGUUGGCUGAACGUAACUUCAAAUUCUUGGGUGGCAAUGUGGCACAUCUUAUAGAAAAAUGGGAGCUGGCUAAGAACUUGAGCCACCACAAGCGCACUGCUGGAGAGGAGGGUGGUGCUCCCCCAUGGGUUCCCUUUGGGCAGAAGAUCGAUGCGAGCAGGCUAAAGAACAUCAAAGGUGGCUUCAAGUCUAUGGACCUCUGCCAGAAGGACACCAAACCGAACGAAUCUUUCGAGAAACAUCGGCAGAUGACAAUAGCCGAGAUAUCUCGAGCAAAGGAAGGAAAAGUAAAAGUCUUUGGUGGUGGCAAGCAGCAACCCCAAGAUGGCGAUAUUGCUCAGUUGGUUGGCCUUGGAUACUCUGUAGAUGCUGCUGUGAGUGCCCUCAAAACUCACAACUGUGACAUUGCUGCUGCCAUGCAAGCGUUGGAGUUGUCAGACAGAAAUCGGAGGGAUCGGGCUAACCGACCAGAAACUGGACGAAAGCGACGAGAGCCAAGGGAACGUGAUUCAGGUGAUGAGAAGGCUCCAUGUCGACCAUCGGGGCCUAGCACCCUUUUCGAUUACUUGCAAAACCAGAUCUCUCUUCCCAAAGUGCCUGAUGUAGAAGAUUCCCAUCUGGGUGACCGACCUUCCGAGGCUCAUUCUGCGCACGACCACUCUAACCGGGGAGGCCACAGCAGUUCAAAGGGCCGCAUGAAUGGACCAUCUAGCAACAGUAGCCGCUUUUCUCAGCAGCAGCAGCAGCAGCAUCAGCCUUCCCAGCGAUAUCGAGGACACAAGGAAUCAUCCAGAGGGGAAGGCGAUCACUCGUACCAGAACAAUCUGCAUGAUGGUCCUUCUGGCUUCUAUUCCAACAACGCGGGCCCUUAUAACAGGCACAGGGGCUCUCAAGAAGGCGGUGGGCCUCCUCAACAGUCACGAACUUAUCAAGGGAACCACAGCAACCGGAGUCACCCAAGGCCGUCCCCAGUUGAGGGCGGGGACAGACGUCGCACCACUCAGGCUUGUGACUUGGCACCUGGCUCUAGACCUGCACCUCGCGGGGGUGACCGGAGCUCUUUUGACUCAAAGCCAUCUGGCCCGAAGCGGCUUUUCUCUGGACAGAAAGUGUUAGCCAAGUACUGGGAAGACGGCAAGUUCUAUCGGGCCUUGGUGCACGAGGUGUCAGCCAAUGGGAACACGUGCGUGGUCAAGUUCGUCGACUACGGCAACCACGAGGAGGUGCUCUGCUCAGACGUGCAGACCGUGUCACUUGCCCAAUGGGACAAGGGCCAAUCUAGUUCGUCUCGGCAAGAGUACCAUCGUCCGGCGGGAAGCGGGAGCACAGCCAGUGGCGGCGGAGGUAGUGGCAGUCACCACGGCCCGGCCCCUCAACAACACCAGCAGCAGCAUUUCAACAGCAGCCGUGAUUCCGAAGACUACCGCUACCUGGAAGCCAUGAUGCAGAAUGAGGCUGCUAAUUCCACUGCCUCACAGCAGCAACAGCAACAACAGCAGCAGCAGCAGCAGCAGCAACAACAGCCUCAGCACCAACAACCGCAGCACCACCAGCCAAACUAUUAUCACCAGCCUCAACAGCAGCAUCACCAACAGCAGCCACACAAUUACCAGCAGCAGCAGCAGCAACACCAUCAUCAUCAGUCGCAGUACCAGCCUCAGCAGCAUCAUCGGCCGCCGACGGACGGCUACGAGUACGGUGGAUACCGCCAGAGGUUGCCACCGCAGCACCACAAGCAGCAGCACCACCAGCCACCAUUUGGCAAUGCGGGAGCACACGGGCGGCCUCAGCAGCAGUUAUACCAGCCGCCCGCACAGAGGCGUCAGGCGCCCACUUGAGACUGUCAUCCUGAUCAUGAGGGGGUCAUCUGCAAAGCCGGAAUGGUGGUGCCACUUUCGAGAGGUGAUUGCGACACACACACGACUGGUGUCAUUGCCACGAAUAAAUAUAGAACACUACUCUUGUGGGAGCGACAAACCCUGCUGAAUGUCGUUUCUGGGAAAAGAUGAAAACUUACGCAGUACUUAGACUGUAAGCUUUAAUGAAAUGUCAAAUCCAGAAGGGGUUCAAUGAGGUAUACAAACCUGGUAGAAUAACUUAUAGGUAUUGUCGCUUCCUAUAUCACUGGCACACUGUUGAAAGACAGUGGUAGGUGCAACGUGUGUGAGGCUGCAAUUUAUUAACUAGGUAUGUUAAAAUUCGAAUUGCUAGGCAUAUAUGCCCUCAUAUUAUAAGCAUAUUGCCUAUUACUACCAAGCCGUCAUACCAAGAGGCACAGUUACGUAACUAAUUUCAGCAACCUCUGUGCCACACAACAGUUAUACGAAGCAUCGGAACUAACAUUGUCGCUGGAAGCGUCCCUUUUACAUGAUAAUAUAUGCUGUCUGUGGUUAUAUAAAGGUACCAGCAUUUUCAUAAGGGCUUCACUUUAGGAAUGACACAGUUUAGCGGUUGAAACGUGAGACACCUUCGCGCUGGACUUGUGCUGGGUCUGUGAGUGCUGUUCCCUACGCUCUGAACCUCUAGAAGCUGAGGUGCGAUUGUUCGCAGGAGAGAUGGAGUCGUUGUAAAAGAUAUUCUGGAAAGGGAGAAAACUACCGGUCAGCAAGGUGGUUGAGAGACAGAGCAAUGCUUUUCUUGGCAUUGAUAUCAUUGCUUCACUUUGCAGACUUCUUCACCGCCUUUCUUUCUAUGGCUAGUAUCGCUUUCUUUAUUUGUUUCCAGACUUUUCAAAAUUACACGUCUGGGCAGAGUCAUCGUAAUUCUGGUAGCUGCGCUAGCUCAAGUUCUCCUUUACCGAUAAAGGCGUUACACACUUGGUGGAAGUCAUGGCGGUUCUCAUGUCAGCGAGAAAAAUCGCACCUUAAUUCUGUCAUUUACAUUUUUUUGUACGUUUAAUCCUCACAUAUUGACAGUCCGUGACAGAUAAUGAAGACCUAAUGUUCGUAGCGUUCGCAGGGGGUGCAAGAGCGACCUGUGGGAAACGCCGAAUGCCGCUGGAUUAAUGUGUUUUGUGCUUUUGACAGUGGCUGCGCCUGCGUUCAUUCAAUCAGUGUAUCGAGUACCUCAUGCCUUUGGCCUGCAUUGCGGGUAGCACUGUGUGUCGCCCUCACUUUAAGAUUAGGCACUGCCCUUUCACGAUACCUUUAUACAAUGGAGUCUCUCUCUUUGUGAGACACCAAACUACAUCCUCAACUGGUUGCCUUUUUUAGUGCACUCCUCUAGCGCUUGUGACGUUUAGCAAAAUAGGAGGUGUCAGUUAACUUACGAGGCUGACCCUACUCCAAAUAUGUAUAGCAAAGCUUUCUUACCACUUCUCAGACUCCGCAUAUGUUCGGAAGUACAGCUCUAGUGCCGACUUACAUGACUUGACAGCGCUUCAAGACCACUGUCAAACAACCCUGCGAAGGUGGCGUUCAGGUCGAGCGCCGACACCCCGACACUUCUGCACUCAACCAAAUGCUGGAGGGAAAUCUCUUUUCAGUUUUAUUGUUAUUUGAUUUUAUUUUGUUUUAUUAUUGCUUGCUGCUUCUAGAUGCCUACGCUCAAAUCGCAGACCUCAGGCACAGAGUAUAUGAGCGCCAGACUUCUUUCACUAGACUCGCAAAUGGCCGAUCAAUGUUGUGUUACGAAAGUGAGCAGCCUGUUUUCAAACCUGCGCAUGUGUUGUGGCCGCAGUGAGACAGAUAUGUUUUCACGUGUUUUGCAUUUGACUGUAUGCGAAAUGUUCUUGUGGCACCAAAUAGAGUGCACUGUAGCGAUUCCCGCUUGCAUUUACUUUUCUAAUAACUUGGUACAAUGACAAAAAAGAUAUUUGUUUGAAAGAUCCUCUGUACUGAAGGUCUUUUGAAUGCUUUAACGACUUCGAGAACCAUAGUAUGAAGGCUGCUUACAUUGCCGAACAGUUCUUUCACUCACUCUUAGAGAAACAUGCGGAAGUGCUGCUGAUCUGAAAUAACAAUUGACUGCAACUAAUUCGUGGUACACACUUCACUUGUUCUGUUCUCGAAGCCCCUUUCAUAUACUGUGUAGUACUGGUGUUUAUAAUGGUGUUGUUCUAAGUGAUAAGCUUUUGAACAUUGCAGUAAAGCAUGUGCCCUGUAAAGGAAUCCAAUAGUUACCUCUGUAUGCAUCGGAUCCUUGACGUUUGUUUCCGUUCUGACAAACCGUGUUUGUGUUGUGUUCUUUGCGUUGUGGUUUUUGUUUUUGCACAUUCGCCCACCAAAUGGGCGUAAAAUAUCUCGCAGGUGGCUACAUUAAUGUCAUAUUUUGCUUAUGUAGCCGAGUGGAACAAGCCUUAGGUAGUGUUAUGUUUAUCGCCCGUAGUUUGCACAGGAUAUAACGGUGGCAGUUGUGCUCGAUAUGUAUCACAAGAACAGUGGUUCCCGAUUUUUUUUUUUCGCGCUGGUUGCUGUCAAUGUUAAGUUGUUGCUGUUGUAUGUAUCACUACUCUUUAAUUAACACAGAGUCUGUGUGGAGGCAAGAUAACAUUGGUGCUGCUUGCGUCUAACACAACUAAUCCAGGUGUCACGUGUUUUUGUUUUUCUUUGUUGUGGGUGUUUUUCACAGUUGCAAUAAUGGCGCAUACCACGCACUCUGCACAUUUUUUUUUAAUGCGCCAACAUGGUGGUGCGAAGAGACAGCAGACACGGUCAAUCGCACGGCGUUGGAUGUCUUUUUAUUCGCGUGAAGAUAUACAGUUACCCAACGUCGCGUGCGAGACCUAUUGCGACGCAAUAGCGUUUAUCGACCGCCUAAUGAUUCUCUCUUUUUUUUUUUUUCUGCAGCCAUUGUGCGAGUGAUACUGGGUUGGUAUGUACAGUGUGUUUCUGUGAGCGUGUGCUUUUGUGCGUGCGUGCUCGUUCGAUAACAAGAUUGGCUAAACAAUAAAAGAAACGAGUAAAGGUAUGAAUAAAUAAAUGUCGCUCAACGUCA